GGCAUUGGCUUGACCCGACCCGAUUCCCAGAAACAGAAAGAAGCAGCUUAAACCCUAAAUGUCCGAUCUCAUUUCGAUUUCUCCCGACUCCUCCCAUGGCGUCUUCUAAAGUCUGCAGAUUAUCAUCUAAGAUACAUUAUUUAACCCAGAAGCUUAGCAAGACGAAUGUUCAUGUCUCUUCCUUACCGUCUCCCAUUAAAUCUUCAUCUCCAUCCUCAGCAACUAGCCGUAUCAAUCGAUCUUUUAGAUUACCAGUGGAGUUGAGUAGCUGCGUAUCUCUGUUUCCGCUGCACAGUGCUACAGCAUCUGCUAGAUUGGUAUCAAGUUUGUCUGUUGAAUCCAAGAGCUGGUGUUUAGUUCCUCAAGUGUUAGACAUUUGGUGGGGUAUAAAGUAUCAUCAUACUACCAUUUUGAAACUGUGGUGA